UUUUUUUUUCUUCCAUUCUUUAUUUUCUUCUCUUUAUAAUAUAUAAUCAAUGCCUCUUCAACAAACAUCAAAAGAUACAACCGUCGACACUUCAGAUACAGAAAAUGUUAGUGUUAAUAGUAAACGACCUCGGUCUGAAGAUGAAUCUUCAUCAUCAACAAAAAGUAAAAUGGAUGAACGUAUGGAAAAACUAAAACAACUCAAACGACGAAGGGCAACUGAAGUAGAACAAGGUAAUCGACGAGAUCGUAAUCUUGAAUUCCAACGUAGCAAAGAAAACCCACGACUGGAAGCCAAGUUGGAACGAAAACGAGAGGAAGCAUUAAAAUUACAAGAAAAACAGCGUGCUGAAGAUGAAGGUGAAGAUUAUGAACGAAAACAAUUCUGGAAAUACUCUGCUGAAUCAGUAGCUAAUUGGGAAAAGAAGAUGGCUAAGAAGGAACAGAUGGCAAACCAUGGAUUCACGGAUCAUACCCAAGCAGCACAUAAGAAAUAUGUGAAAUUGGUCUCUGAACUCAAACCUGAUAUGACAGCCUACAACGAAAAGAAAUUACAAGCUAUUGAAAAAGCAAUCCGGAAUGGUGAAGAUCCUGAUGAUGUUCGUGCUUUAGCAAAUGAUUUGGAUUAUGCUGCUGUGGAUGAUAAGCCUUCCAAAGAUGCUGUGGAUCGUUUGGUACAAGAUGUGAAAAAACAAAUCGAAAAACGUGAAACUCGAUCUCGGGAACGUAAAGAUGUCAAAUACGAUGAUAUUUCUUGGAUCAAUGAAAAGAAUCGUGUCUUCAACCAAAAGAUUUCUCGCUUUUAUGACAAAUACACCAAGGAAAUCAAGGACAAUUUGGAACGUGGAACGGCUUUGUAAUUUGGUUAUCAUUCUUUUUUUAAUCAUUACACUUUUUUUUUUUUUUGUUGGUCUCCUAGUUGAUUUCUUUCAUAGUUGUAUAUAUAUAUAUAUUUCAAUAAAACAUAUGCACAUACGAUGAUGUUUUUAUGAUG